AUGCCUCGUAAAAAUCCAUCAGUCCUUGGUUGCCUGACGGUGACAGCCUUGUUACUCCAAACAUGCCAUGCCGACCUUGUCACUGGUGCGGCAAUCUCGACCAAUUUCCCAGAUCCUACACUUGCCUUGGCACCCAAUGGCAUCUGGUAUGCUUUCAGCACUCAAUCUGGGCACAUCAACAUCCAGCUAGCAUCCUCCCCAGAUUUCGAACAGUGGACUUUUCAUGCUGAAUAUGAUGCACUUCCUGUUCUACCCGGCUGGGCACGUCUACCCCCUGACGCUGGUGUAUGGGCCCCCGACGUCAACCAACGGCCUGACGGUACCUGGGUCAUGUACUUUGCAGCUGUGGGCACUACGCAUCCCCGGAAACAUUGUAUAGGCGCCGCCAUCUCACCAAAUGUGACCGGUCCUUACACGCCCUUGCAGACCACGCUUGUAUGCGAUCUUCCUGGGGGCGGUAACAUUGACCCGAACCUUUUCCAGGACCCCAUCACUGGCAAAGAUUAUCUCGUUUACAAGACUGAUGGGAACGCGAUCGGUCACGGCGGGGCUUGCAGUAACGGCGUUGAUCCAAUCGUUCCAACACCGCUACAUUUGCAAUUGCUCAAUUCCACCGAUCUUGUCACACCAAUCGGCGAUCGAAUCUACCUGUUUUCGAACAGUGCUCUGGACGGACCAAACAUCGAGCGGCCAUGCAUUCUAUACCAGGAUUCAACAUACUUUGUCAUCUACAAUUCCCAAUGCUAUACGGACCUGACCUACCACAUUUCAUACGUGAGCUGUAAUGUGGGCUUGGACACUACCGUUACCAAAGGUAUUGCUGGCUGUGACUGGAGGGCGCUGAAGCAGAAGCAACAAACCAUAGCAGAUCGCACUCUCCUGAAGACCAACGAUAGCAUAUCAGGAUCUACGUUGUAUGCACCGGGCAGCAUGGAUGUUGGUCCUGAUCAGCACAAGAUCGUAUUCCACGGAGACAUCAAUUUGGCUUGGUUUGAGCCUAAUCGGCCGGUGACCCUCCACCGAGAUCGGGCAAUGUAUGCAGGUGAGAUCGACUUUGAUGGCUCAAGUCUGCGUGUGACCAAGCUGUUUGAGUGA